UGGGGUUGUUAUCAGCAGCUGUACACGGUCCGGUCAAAGUGCAUAGUGCUGAACGACGGCGAAGCAGCAAAUCUACAUCCAUUCAAAUUAACUUUGGAAUAAACUCUAUUAAGGUUACAAGAAUGACUCGAGAAAAAACCCAGCUGAAGGAGUUUUUAGAGGCAAUAAGUGUCCUGCAGUGGGAGCUAACCUUUCUUUUCUUGGGAGUGGCUUGCAUUAUCUUGACGGUGUAUCUUAUGUUUACCUCUCUGUGGCCGCUGCCUGCUCUGUACUUUGUAUGGCUGGUGAUGGACUGGCACACCCCCGAAAGAGGGGGCAGAAGAAUAAUGUUUGUGAGGAAGUGGAAGGUAUGGGGUCACAUGAGAGACUUCUUUCCUAUUAAACUGGUCAAGACAGCUGAGCUGAAUCCAAACAAAAACUACAUCUUAGGCUCUCACCCACAUGGGAUCAUGUGUACCGGAGCCUUUACCUGCUUCAGCACAGAGAGCUGUGGCUUUGCUGAGGCAUUUCCUGGGGUGCGAGCCAGCCUGGCAAUGCUGGCGGGCCUGUUCAAGAUACCAUUCUAUAGGGAGUACCUCAUAAGUGCAGGGCUUUAUCCAGUCAGCAAACCAAGCCUGGCUCACCUCCUUUCAAAAAGUGGCAAAGGGAAUGCAGUGGUGAUUGUGAUAGGGGGUGCUGCUGAGUCUCUGGCGUCCUCUCCCGGAGUCAACACGGUGGUCAUGAAGCAAAGAAAGGGAUUUGUCAGGCUGGCCCUUGAGUUUGGUGCUGAUCUGGUCCCCGUUUACUCAUUCGGGGAGAAUGAGCUCUUCCAGCAGGUGAUUUUCAAAGAGGGCAGUCUGGGUCGCCGGUUACAGGACUUAUUUAAAAAAAUCAUGGGCUUUGCACCGUGUCUAUUUAUUGGUGAGCGCUUUGCUCUCCUGCCCUACAGGAAUCCAGUCACGACUGUUGUGGGAAGUCCAAUCUCAGUGCCAAAACGAGUCACGCCCACUGAUGAGGAGGUUGACCAUUAUCACAGACUUUACAUGGAGGCCCUUUCCAAAUUAUUCCAUGAACACAAGAUCAGCUGCGGACUUUCAGAAAGUCAUGAGCUUCAGAUAAUUUAGAUAUUUUUUGCAUAAACUGCUUACUCCAAGUAGGACUGAUGUGAUGGAACUGAUCUCCAAUAUAUUAAUGUUGUAGGUUUCUGUGAUCUAUUUAUAAAAUUUGUCUGCAUUUUAAAUUUUUUAACAUGUGCUUUAAAUAACUGAUGUGAAGCCUUUAUGUGGGAGUAAUGUAUUUGCAAAGCAGCGAAAAUACUGGAGGAUUAUUGGCUUAUUGUAUAUGA